CUCUCGUUCUCACCCACCAUCCUUCCUUGGCUCUUGUCCCUGAUCUAAAGGAAACAUCACUUCAUUGUAUUUCCGACUGAAUAUAUUUGCUUCAUCACUUCUCCUCACACUGUUCUCCUUCUUACUCUUCAUCAAAUGGCUGAUCAAGAGUUGAAAGCAUAUGGCCGUGGGAUCGUCAACUGGGUCAAGGCCUUCCCUUCCAACACCCCUCGUUACAUCACUGAGCGUCUUCCCAUUAUCAAAUGGCUGCCAAAAUACAACCGUGGAUGGGCCCUCAGGGAUAUUAUCGCCGGCGUCACUGUCGGACUGAUUGUCGUUCCUCAGGGAAUGUCAUAUUCCAAGAUUGCUGGUCUACCUGUCCAGCAUGGACUCUACUCUGCAUACAUUGGCGCCAUCUUUUACUGCUUCAUGGGAACUUCCAAAGAUUUGACUAUCGGACCUACUGCUGUUAUCUCACUUAUCACUGGUGAACUUGUUGCUGAACUCGCUGGACGCAUGAGCGCCCCCGCUGUUGCCGCUAUCUCUUGCCUCUGUGUUGGUGCAUUGACCUUGAUCCUCGGAGUUCUUCGUCUUGGAAUCAUCCUUGACUUCUUCCCUACCACUGUCUUGGUCGGCUACACGAGUGGUGCAGCCGCUACAAUUGUCAUCCAACAGAUCCCCAAAUGGCUUGGCGUGCCAAACAUCAACAACCGUGCGCCUGUCUACGACAUCAUCAUCAAUAUGCUUAAGGCCAUCAAGACUCUCUCUUGGUUGGACCUUGUUUUUGGUCUUGUUGGCUUCUUCAUUUUGGUCGGUAUCGGUCUUGCUGUCGACCGUUGGGGCCGUGGCAAGUUUUCGAUUCAGAUGAUCAAGAUCUCGCGCUUCUUCAUUGUUACUGUGCUUGCCACCGUUGCCUCCUUCCUUGUAAACAAGGGCGCUCCACUUGAUGCUAAGGGCCAGAUCAUUCCCCGUAUCUCUAUUUUGAAGACUGUUCCUUCGGGCCUUCCUCAUCCAGCAGUUCCUGGCAUUACCGCAGAGAUCUUCAGAGAAAUUGUACCCAAGCUGUUUGCCAUUGCUUUGGCCACUAUUCUGGAACACAUUGCUAUUGCUAAAGCUUUUGCUCGCAAGAACCGUUACCAAUUGGAUACUAACCAGGAGCUUUUAGCUUUGGGCGCUGCUAAUAUUACUGCCUCGUUCUUUGGUGCCUACACUGUCACUGGUUCGUUCUCUCGCUCUGCUGUCAAAUUCCAGUGCGGUGUCAAAUCUCCAUUUGCAGGCUUCGUCACUGGCGCGCUCGUCCUCUUGGCUUUGUACUUCCUAACCCCUGCCUUCUUCUACAUUCCUGACGCUGCCCUGUCUGCUGUCAUCAUGGUUGCUGUCUCGACGCUGAUCAGCCCGCCCUCAGUAUUUGUUCAGUUCUACAAGGUCAACCUCUGGGACUUCCUCGCCUCCCAAGUCGCUCUCUGGGUCACUAUUUUUGUCUCUGUUGAAGCUGGUAUUGCUUCUGGUGUCGGUUUCUCUCUCCUCGUCCUCUUAUUCAGGAUCGCCCGCCCUCACUUCCAUGUCCUCCAUCAGGUCAAGGAUCGUCCUGACCUCUUUGUCGAUGAAUCGCUAUCAAAGUCAUUUGAGACUGUCCCUGCUCCCCAUGGUAUUUUGGUUUUUAAACCAGAGGAAUCUGCCACUUUCCCUAAUGUAGAGAGCUUCCAGUCCUGGGCCCUGGAUGAAGUUUACAAGUACACUCGCUUCGGUGGUCGUGUCAAGUCUGUCUCAGAGAAGAUGUGGUCCGAUGAUUUGGAUGUCCACAUCCGCAAUCUUCGCAAGGCUACCCACGGCGCUGAUUCCAAGAUUACUGAUGACGACCUUCCACAACUUCGUGCGGUUAUCCUUGAUAUGUCUGCUAUCAACCAAAUCGACUCCACCGGUCUCCAGAACUUAUUUGAUUUACGCGAUUUGUUCCGAGACUAUGCUGGUGUCACCGACUACCCUACUCUUUUCUUUGAAUUGCACUUUGCAAAUGUUCAAGCUAAUGUUCUCAACAUCCUUGAGCGCUCUGGUAUCACUCGUCCCCUUUCCCCUGCCGCUCUUCAGGACGUCAAGACGGAUGCUCCUUCUGCCCACGGUGGUGCACACUUUAGUUCUGGCCCUGUCGAUGAGAGGGGUCCUUACUUGAAGGAAGAGGGUCUUGUCCACUUCACUGUCCGUGAUGCUAUUGAUGCAGUCUUGAUCCGUGCUCAGGCUUGGGAAAAGGAUGUUCCAGCUGGCGAAGAGGGGCACCAUGCCAGCUCAGACUCAGACUUGGCUACUGAACAAAAGGAGAGACCGGCCGAGAACAAGACUGAACUCAACUAUGUCUAAAGAAGGCAGAUCUAAUCUUUCCCACUUUCAUGUUGGCACAACAAGCUACCGAUCCUUAAAAACUUGUAACAUUAGUUAUUGUAUAGGUUUGAAUAUACC